CCAUAGGCCCAGAGCCUCUCCACGGACACCAUGGCGUGCAGACCAGCCCUGGCGUGGCCUGGCAGCCUGGGGCUCUUUUUCCUGCUGUCCGUCUCCUACUGCCAGCAGGUGUUCCUGGGCCAGCAGCAGGCCCUGUCCCUGCUCCAGCGCUCCCGUCGGAGCAACAAGGGCCUCCUGGAGGAGCUGCGGAAAGGCAACCUGGAGCGGGAGUGCCUGGAGGAGGUCUGCAGUUACGAAGAGGCCUACGAGGCCCUGGAGUCCCGGGACAAGACGGAUGAGUUUUGGGUCAAGUACAAAGCUUGCACCGUCACGAAGCAACCCAGAGAGAACCGGGACAUCUGCCUGAUAGGGGAGUGUGCCGAGGGCGUGGGACUGAACUACCGCGGUCAAGUGAAUAUCACCAAGUCAGGGAUCGAGUGCCAGCUGUGGAGAAGCCGCUACCCUCACCUCCACCAGAUGAACGCCACCUCCCACCCGGGAGCCGACCUGCGAGAGAAUUUCUGCCGGAACCCCGACGGCGACGCCGACGGGCCUUGGUGCUUCACUACUGACCCCACCGUGCGGCGCGAGGGGUGCCUCGUUCCCGUCUGCGGUCAGACUGAGGUGCCGGUGACGCCGACCCUCCGCCCCCGGGGCUCCAAGCUGGAGAAGCCGAAGGGGGCUUGCCUCCCCGAGGACGGCCGGCUCUACAGGGGCGCCCAGGCCACCACCCUGUCCGGGGCUCCCUGCCUGCCCUGGGCCUCCGAGCCUCUCCAGAACCUGCCCCGCAGUCGGGACUUCGACCCUGCCGUGCCCUUGGUGGAAAACCAUUGCCGGAACCCCGACGGCGACAGCGAGGGCAUCUGGUGCUACGUGGACGGACCCCCCGGGAGCUACGAGUACUGCCCGGCCGUCUACUGCGACAGCGUGAUCGACGAGGAGAAUUUGGAGUCGGUGCCGGAGGCUAUCGGGGGGCGUACGACCGCGGAGGACUACCAGGUUUUCUUCAACGAGAAGACCUUCGGGAAGGGGGAGGCAGAUUGCGGGCUGCGCCCGCUGUUCGAGAAGAAGUCUCAGUCGGAUAAGAGCGAGGCGGAGCUGCUGGAGUCCUACAUUGGCGGGCGCAUCAUCCACGGGGACGACGCGGAGCUGGGCAGCGCCCCUUGGCAGGUGAUGAUUUUCCGCAAGAGCCCCCAGGAGCUGCUGUGCGGAGCCAGUCUCCUCAGCGACCGGUGGAUCCUCACCGCCGCCCACUGCCUCCUCUACCCUCCGUGGGACAAGAACUUCACGGUGGACGACUUGCUGGUGCGCAUCGGCAAGCACCAGCGCACCAAGUACGAGCGGAACAUGGAGAAGAUCUCCGGGCUGGAGCUUAUCAUCAUCCACCCGAAGUACAACUGGAAGGAAAAUCUGGACAGAGACAUCGCGCUCCUCAAGCUGAAGAGGCCGGUCCCCCUAAGCGACUACAUCCACCCCGUGUGCCUGCCCACUAAGGACGUGGCGCAGAAGUUGAUGCUGUCUGGCUACAAAGGACGAGUGACCGGCUGGGGCAACCUGAAAGAGACGUGGACCACCACCAGAAACCUCCCCUCCGUCCUGCAGGAGAUCAACCUACCCCUUGUGGAGCAUGACGUCUGCCGGGCCUCUACCCGCAUCAAAGUCACCGACAACAUGUUCUGCGCAGGGUACAAGCCUGAAGAGGAGAAGCGAGGCGAUGCCUGCGAAGGAGACAGCGGGGGGCCCUUUGUCAUGAAAAACCCCUUCGACAACCGCUGGUACCAAAUCGGGAUCGUCUCCUGGGGCGAGGGCUGCGACCGGGACGGGAAGUUCGGCUUCUACACCCACGUGUUCCGGCUGAAGAAGUGGUUGCAGAAAGCCGUCGACCGAUUCGGGGGCUAGGGGCGGCUGCCCCCGAGGCCGGGGAGCGGAGACGGACGGGCUUUCUGACCAGAAGAGACACAAGGGAGGUUGCCACUUUUCCUGUCUCCUCCCUGCGUUUGCCAAUAAAUGUUUCCCCUAGUAGA